AUGGUUCCUGAAGAUCUAUGGAAGUUUCAACGUCGACUUUGUAAAAAUUAUUAUCCAAUUUAUAAACUUUGGUGCGGUCCAAUUGCUUUCGUCAGCAUUCAUCAUCCAGAUGAUUUAGAGAAAGUACUAGGCAGCGCAAAGGAACAUCUUUCAAAAGGCUACUUAUAUGAUGCUUUAAUUCCCUGGUUAGGAACUGGAUUACUUACUAGCGAAGGAAUCAAAUGGCACAAAAGGCGAAAAAUAUUAACACCUACGUUUCAUUUUAACAUAUUGAAACAAUUUGUUGAAAUUCUAAUUGAUGAAGGAAAUCGUAUGGCGAAAUUUUUAAAAGAUACUAAUGGUUCCGUUAAUGAUUUAAUGUUUCUUAUCAGUCAUCAUACAAUGAAUAUAAUUACAGAAAGAAAACAAUAUCAUGAAAGGACUAAUGGACGAUAUUUGAAAUAUUUUGAUGAUAUGACAGAAACAGACGAUGAAGAGAUAAUAGGAAUUAAGAAAAGGCGACUUGCUAUGCUGGAUCUUCUGAUAGCGGCAGUUCGAAAUGACGAGAUGGAUGAUGUAGAUAUCAGAGAAGAAGUCGAUACUUUCGUAUUCGAAGGACAUGAUACCGUAGCAGUGGGAUUAACUUAUGCAAUAUUAUUACUAGCUGAACACGAAGAUGUCCAGAAACGUGCCAGAAAUGAAAUUAGUGCAAUCAUGGAAGCAAAUGGAGGAAAGCUUACCAUGUCAGCGUUAAAUAAUAUGCCAUACUUAGAAAGAUGUUUGAAAGAAUCGUUGAGAUUAUAUCCUAGCGUUCCUUUCAUUUCACGAGUUCUAUCAAAAGAUUUACAAACACAAACAUAUUUGGUGCCUUCUGGAACAAUUGUGCAUUUAAAUAUUUACGAUAUUCAUAGAGAUCCAAAUUUCUGGCCAAAUCCAGAUGUAUUCGAUCCAGAUAGAUUUUUGUUAGAGAAAAUUCAAAAACGUCAUCCUUAUUCCUACUUACCAUUUAGCGCAGGACCGCGAAAUUGUAUAGGACAACGAUUUGCUAUGAUGGAACUAAAAGCUAUAAUAGCGACAUUGAUAUAUAACUUUUAUCUGGAACCCAUCGAUUAUUUAAAGGAUCUUCAAUUCAAGACGGAUUUAACAAGCCGUGUUACACAGCCGAUCCGUACACGAUUUGUUCCAAUCAAUCGUACAUCUAAGGUCAUAUAAUUUUAUUUAUUGUAAUAAGACAAUAUUAAAAAUCAUAUAUAGCAUUUUUAACAGGCAGGAUUUGCUUAAAGUAUUCAAAUUAGAUUUAGUGCACUAAAUGCA